CUCCCGUAUACCUUCUACCUCCCCCUCUCACUUUCAAGCUUGCUAUUUGAAUGUCCAGUGCCUUUGACCGCCAAAUCCGUCCUGUCUAUGAUGCACUAGACACCGGUUCAAAUAAAUCAGCCAUUGUCGCCUGCAACAAACUUCUGAAGAAGUAUCCCAAAAAUGACCUUGUGAAGGCACUCAAAGCUCUAGCCCUAGUUCGGUCACAAAAAGUCGAGGAAUCUCUCGUCCUCUGCGAUGAAGUUCUUACUUCCAAACCGACCGAGGACUCUACUCUGACAGCAAUGAUGCAUGUGCUUCGAGGCUUGGGACGUCAUAAUGACAUGGUCGCAAUGUUCGAGGAGGCCUACAAACAACAACCAGGCAAUGAAGAGCUAGGUGCACAAACUUUUUUUGCGAAUGUCCGUGCCGGUCACUGGAAAUCGGCCCAACAGAUUGCUACAAGGAUGCAUAAGCAGUUUCAAGAAGACAAAUAUUUGUAUUGGAGUAUAAUCAGUGCCGUUCUCCAAGCAAAUGACCCCAGCACGCGACCCGACAUGAAAAAUCUCCUCUAUAAGCUUGCCCAUCGACUCAUCACCUCCUCACCACGACCCUCUUCACUUAGCUCCGACCGAUUCUACCUCCACCUUACAAUUCUCCGCGAAUUAAAAUUAUUCGAUGAGGCAGGAACUCUCCUCGACAGCGAUAUUGGUCGUGCUUAUUGUGCAACGAAUCUAUCCUGUAAUGAAAUUAGAAGGAAUAUUAUGAAGUCUUGGGGAUUGUUAAAACAGGAAGGGGAGCGAGCGGAAAGUUUCAUUCGGGAGAAAAGUGACCGAAAUUGGCUAGAAUUCCUCUCGGUAAUCGACGCGACCUUUUCAUACGUGUCUGUGAUCUCGGAUGAGAAUUCAAAGGCAGAGUGUUCCCAACAUAUUCGUAGGACAGAGGAAUUCUUUUCUGGCAUUGCAAAAGUAGAUGGUAAAAAGGAGCGUGCUGGUUCACUCGCUCUGUUGGAACUGGAGUACCGCGCUCGAACACACAAGUUAUCGCAAGAUUCUUUUCGACUGGUCAAUUUGUUGUGCAAGUAUUUUGAUACAUUUGGUGAUAAGAAUUGCUGCUAUGAAGACAUAAGACCUUAUAUAACGCUUCCACCUGACGAAUUGUCACAAUGGACCCACCACUUAGAAGUCAUACCUGGUGCAUAUACGACGAUUGCUGACUUACGACGGUAUAUCAAUGCCCAAAAGCUAAUACGGCAUAAUCUUCAAAUCACUCAAAUCACGCCAGACGAGGAACUUUCUCGUGCCAAACUAUACACCAAACAAUACUUAGACGCCCUUCCAUUAGGCCAAGAACUGCCCACAACUGAGCUUCAGCCUGCAGACGAUCUGGCGAUCCUUUCCGCAAACACCUACGUCAAUUUGUGGAAACUGACGGAAAGGGAGCAGUAUUUAUUUGAUGCUGCAGUCAUCCUCGAGCUAGGUUUGACCAGGAGUAAACAAUCCUUCCAGAUGCGUCUCAUGUUAAUACGUAUAUACCGUCUGUUAGCCGCACCGUCGUUAGCUUUGGAGCACUACCGGCAAAUGCGAGUGAAACAAGUCCAAAAUGACACACUUUCGCACUUUAUAUUGUCACACUCAUCGGUUUUCUCCCUCGCUGGAAUUGGCGACCUCACCUUGUCGACAGAGUGUAUCGAAGCAAGCCAGAUAUACUUGACCAACACCCAUGAAACAGGCGACUUUGUUAUCAGAGCGUUCAACACAGAGAAGUAUUCUCAGAUUCCGGAGUUCAUUACCUUCGAGGAUCGUCUCGACAACUCGUUGCAGCGAGAUAUCAUCAAGAUGGAACACCUCCGCAUGAGGAUGGCUCAUGAGCUCAUCAGUUCCGAUAUGGUCGACAUGGAACUCAUUGAGUUGAAGUUCAUCUUUGAUCGCGAACACCACGACAACCGGGACUUUGAGAUUCUAGUCAACUAUCAACCUCGAGUUAUUGACUCGUUCAAUGACCAGACGCUCUUGUUCGGUAAAUCGGAAGGCAAAGGUUGGCUCUCGUCCUUCUUGAAGCUAUACAUCAAGGCCUUUACUCAAGCCAGUGACCUUGAUGAUACCGUCGAGGAAAAGCUGUUGGUUGGGGAUCGGCCAAAACAGUCUCCCGAGUUAGACAGACAGGUGCCGCUGAAGGACCGUAUUAAAUCUAGAUGUGAAGAUGAGUUGAACGAGCUCACCCCGAUUGAAGUGGCCUUUGUUCAGUAUGCAGAUGCUCUGACUGAUUGGCUCGAGCCAUACCAUGACUAUGCCAGACCUCCACCCUCCGUCGUUCUCGCAGAAGCUGCCAAGCUCACUGAGAAGAAAACUGGUUUCCCACUCAAGGGAGUUGAUAUUCCUCCUCAGAACGGCAACUCAACCAAGAAGGACGAAGAGCCACCUGCUGUAGUAGACGCUCCUGAGUCACUCGUCGCUUUCUUCGAUGAGCAGAAAAGGCAGUUUGACGUGGUCAAGGAAUCCGGAUCACUCAUCGAAGCUCUGAGUAUACUAGCAACAAUUCAGGAUGCCUUGUUGCUCUUCGCCUCUAUGACGUUGCGCUUCAAGACCCAGUCAGUGGUGAAGAUCAACAAACUUGGCGGACUGGUGUCCAAACUCAAACCUAUCAGAACCGUGGCAUUGUAUGUGGCUAAAGAGCUGUCAUCUGAUAUGGUAGCGCGAAGUGCAACAGAGAGCACUCAGGAAAAUCGUAAAACACUCAUUGACAAUAGCUCUCUUGGUGGUGGUCAGAUCGACCACGAUUUUAUCGUGAACGUUGCGAAGAAAGUGAGCGAUGCCAGAAGGAAGGUUUCCGAGGGUGUUGGAAAAGGGCUAGCCCGCCUCUGUACGAUAUAUGAAUCGUGAAAACCCUGACGAAUUACCUAA